UUUUUCUAUCUAGAUGAACUCUAAUAUGCCACAGUGGGUGUUACAUGAUGACAUCGACCAUAAAAGUCGUUCUACAAUUGAGAAGAUGCUCUUAGAAGAACACCUUUACUCAGGGAAGAGAGUUCAUACAAGGUCAGGCCAUUCGAAGAACAAUCAACUUUUCCGUAAAUCCGAGAGCAGCUGUAGUGUGCAUCCAGAUACACCCAAAAGGCCUUGGACAGAGGAAGAAACAAAUAUGUUUAAUCAUGGGAGGGAAAUUCAUGGAAACAAAUGGACCAAAAUUGCUGACCUGAUACCAACCAGAACAGCAUCACAAGUCCGAAAUUAUGCUGUUAGAAUGUUGAGGAAAGAAGUAAAAAUUGUUCAACAAAACACAAGCCUCAAAAAGCAGAUAAAAGUGGUUUUACCAAAAGUAAAACAAGACCAAUUACGAGUAGCCAUUGCAUCGACAGAAGGAGCUUCUGAAACUUGUGUCAAACUAAAGAAGUCGCCAAAAAGGAUGAAAAUUACAUCCGUUGCUUGUAAUCCACCAGGAGAAGUAAUGCCUGGAAUAGGAACACCAGGAAAAGGAACACAUGGAACAGAAAAUUCUGCUCUGAAAGGAAAAUCACCUUUGAAAACCACACCUGUUGUUCAACAAGGAGAAGAAGUUAAACUGCAGAAUGUUGACUCUGAUGAAGACAUCGAUGUUGAUGUCGAAGUUGACUCUGAAGUCGAUUUCCCUGGUCAGUCUGGACGACAGCCUUCAAGCCAAUCAGAUCAUCGGAAGUAUACUUCCGAUGGGUCUACAAAAGCUUUUGAUAAUAUUGAGGGAUUAGAACAAGCCAACCGUCUAGGCAUAAACUCUUCAUAUUUUGGUAUGAAAAAUAGUAUCAAUGAUUCUGUUCAUGAUAUCAACAAGAGUAUAUUAAACAAUGUCCAUGUAAAAGUAGUCAAAGUUAAUUUAGACAGUGGUACUUCAGUAACUGAUAUUAUCAAGCAAGAACACCACACAAAUGAUAUACUAACAUCAAGAAAAGCUAGUCCUAAAGGGGAGGAGAUUCCAUUUAAACAAAUGCGUUUGUGCCUCGAAAAGUUACCUCCACAAUGCUCAAAGAGUAAAAGGAGUGGAGUAUCUGAUUCAGAGAAUCGCCAGUCAGAAAAUCUGGAAGAUACCGGUUUAAACCAGAUGGAUCAAACCACUGUUAUAAACAAAUGCAUUUCAAAACAGUCUGAUAAUGUUCAGCAGGACUCAAAGAAUUGCAAGUCAGAUGAACGGGAUGAUACUGGUUUAAACCAGACAGAUCAGGCGUCUUUUAUAAACAAAUGCAUUUCAAAACAGUCUGAUAAUGAUCAACAAGACUCAAAGAAUUGUAAACCAGGAGAACUGGAUGAUACUGGUUUAAACCAGACAGAUCAAGCAUUUUUUAUAAACAAAUGCAUUUUAAAACCACCUGAUAAUGAUGAGCAGCAUUCUAUUGAAAAAAAACAUAUAGAUUCACAUGUCGUUCCCAAAGUGUCAAGAUCAUUAGACCAAGACAAUUUUGUUGAAGCGUCAGAGGAAACGAUAGCAUCAGAGAGUGCAAUGAAUUCUCAGAGAGUGGUGGAUGUAAAGGAGUUUGAAACCUCGCAACGUGACUUAAGUAGAAUGGUGAAAGAAACAUCAGACUGUAUUGAUUCUAGUUUUAGCAAUACAAAUAUUAACUCAAAAAUGAGUGAAGAUCAUUUAAUGAAAUUGACAGAAGAAAAUGAAAAGCGUAAAGAGAUUUGUGUGAACACAACCAAGAAUGACCAUUAUACACAACAAAAUGAUGAAAGUGCUGAAAGUACCAAAAGAAAACUAAUAAUUUCUGAGGGAAAUACAGUUCUGGAUAACAAUGUAAAACAAGCAUCUACAGGCAAAACUGGUGUAGCUUCUUCAAACAAAACUGAGUUUCUCCAUCCUGACAACGAGCAACAAUCAUUUGAGACUGCUGUGGACGAGAUGACUACACACGAGGUCGAUAUAACCUUCCAAGCUUAUUCAUCACGGUUAGGCAGUUGCAAGUCACCAGAACGCUUCGUACAUAUACGAAACAUAAUCCUUAAUAUAUGGGAAACUCGUAAACCAAACUAUGUGAACAAGUUUUUAAUCAGAAAGGAGCUUGAAAAGAACAGGAAGGUCGGCAACGUGAAUGACAUCGGCAAUAUCCACAGCUACCUGGAGGAAGCUGGCGCCAUCAAUGUGGGCUUAGAAAAACCACUACGUUACUUGAAACCAAAGAGGUGUAAGGAAGUACUUACCGAAGAGAAGAAAUCAGAGAUGCUGGAAAACAGGAGAAUAUCUAUGAGACCUAAAAAAAAGAAAGAAGUUGAUAGUGAUGUGGAGGAGAAGUCUCCCAUUGCCAGGAUGUGCCGGACUCAACCAAAACAGAAGCCCAAGCCAUAUGAUCCCUUCAAGCUCAUGGCUUGCUCCAAUUUCUCAAGUUCAACCCCGGCCCCUCUGAAAUUGAAAGUAUCGUCCAAGUCACUGGUCGUGAUGGACCUACAUGCGCAUUUCUCAGGCACUGAGGUGAUUGGAUUGCUUGGGGGAAGCUAUGAUCAGCAUCUGGACCUGCUAAUCAUUAAGACAGCUGUCCCUUGCAAUAGCCUCAGCACGGGCAUGCAGUGUGAAAUGGACCCUGUUUCCCAGACUGAAGCCUGUGAAACCAUCAUAAGCAGUGGUCAACAAGUUGUUGGGUGGUAUCACAGUCACCCAACAUUCCCACCAAAUCCAUCUGUUAGGGACAUUGAAACACAAACACAAUUUCAGAGUUGGUUUGUUCAGGGUGGAGCUCCAUUUAUUGGUGUGAUUGUAAAUCCGUACGGUAGAAACUUUCAGAACGAAUCUGAGUUUCGUUUCAUGACAAUGUGUGAGCAGUGGUUAGAUGGUGAAAUGUGUAAGCAACCGUUUCAGUUUGACUUUGAUGUGGUUCAUCCUUUGAUUGACAGAAAUGAAUUAAUAACUACAACUAUAAGCCUUCUUCGCAAGUUUAAAACAUACAACUACCGAAUUGAGAUGUUGGCAAAGUAUCGAAGCAAAGGGGAGUUAACGUACCUUGAAAAGAUGUUGCUGUCAAUAAAAAAUUGCCUGAUGCUAGAUGGGGGAGCCAUACAAACUGACCUCAUUGAGAAAAUCAGGGACGCUGUAAUCACAGAAUUUAACAAGUAAGAUGCCAGUUGUCACUAGGAAAUUCAGCUUCUGAAGCCAAUGAAAAGACAGCCACUAAUUACGGAGUGUAAUUAACAAACAUCAUGAACAACAGAGAGCAGGUGGUAUGAAAGAGAUGUACAACUAAUGGCUGCAUGUCAGGUAGACAAUCCUAUACGUGUGGGGCUGUAGUAUGUGUACAUGUAUUUUUGGGAUAUGCAGUGUUUAAGUUUGGCGGUCUAGAACAAUAUGUAACCAAGAUCGUAACUCAAUGUUUUGUAACAGAAAUGUCUGUAACAAGGAUGUAAAACAAUAUUUUAUAACAGAGAUGUCUGAACAUUGUAGUGUUAUUUACAUAAGUGUGAAAUACUUUAAAAACUACAAGCAAAUUUUAGCUGCUGUAUAAAUUAAGAAUAAUAUUAUUUAUAACGUUUGAGUACGACGUGUCUGCCGGCCCCUAAAGGUGGUGUACGGUACGUAGCAUAUUAUGUAGUAGCAGCCGCCAUAGCCUAUUCGAUUGAAAUAAGGUCAGCGCAAUUGUCCUAAUGUAUACAUACUGCAAAAGACGCAUGGUAAAACCGCCAUCACCGUACUCGCGCAAAUAAGCGCUCUGUUUGAAUAAGCGCUUCUUCUCUCGUAUAACCGCCCCUCCUAACGUGAAAAUUUCCUUAAGCGCCCCAUUUGAAUAAAUAUUAUAUAUUUACAGUAUAUUUCUGCUGAUGGCCAACAAACUAACCACACCCACCACCACUAAUUGCAUCUGCUAUUUUGCUGUUAUGUAAAUAUUCACAGCAUUCU